AUGCAUGCUGCUCCUGAUGCUGCAGUGGGCCGAUGCUGCCGAACAAUACUUGGCGACACUGCAACGGAUGAGCUGUUGGGUCAGCUUCUCCGGCAGCAUCAGAAGGACGACUACGACAAGUACCUGCAAAAGUCAGACUACACUCAAGAGCCAGCUGACUUGCCAAGCGAGGCAACCAAAGAGCCAGAGGCACAGCAGGCCGUGACAAGUGAGUCACUUGAGACAAGUGGGGGCGGGAGCCUGCCCCCGACUUCUGCGGACAGCAAUGCCGAGGAGGCAGACGCCUCGAAUCAUUCAGAGGCAGUGCUUUCCCAGAGUGACACCCCAGCGACAGUGGAAGCCACUGCAGUCGAUGAGCCAAUUCCAGGAGCAGAGGAAGCUGCCAAAGAUGCAGCUGAAGAAGCAGAAAGUAUCGCCAGAAAGGAAAAGCUUGAGGCCAUCGUGCUUGGCCGAAAAGAGGUGCGGGACGAAGCCAGCAGGGAGAGAUGGAAGCAGGUUGAAGAUGAUGAUGACUCAGGCGAUGAAGCGCUUGGUAUUCUGUCCAGCCUUGGGCGGUCCAUGAGUACAUGGGCAAGUGUCGCAUUCAUUGGUUUCUCGUUCACGAUGAGUAGCGACCCCACAGUGGCAGGGCGGCAAAUUGCUAACCUUUGUAGAAGCAAAGGAGGCAUUUACGUCAAGGCUGCUCAGAGUGCUUCCUCAAUGGACUAUGCAUUCCCGAAGGAGAUCCUCGAAGAGUUUCAGUCUUUGCAGGAUUCUGCUGAUGCACAGCCCUGGAGUGAAAUUGCCGAGCGUGUGGAGAAGCACACGCCUGGCGGUAUCAACAUGAUGUACGACUCGUUUUCUGAGGAUCCCGUGAACGCUGCAUCUAUAGCACAAGUGCACGUGGCCCACAGGAAGACUGGGGACAAGGUCGCAGUCAAGAUCCUUCGCCGGAACAUGGGAAAAACCUUCAAGCAUGACGUAAGCGACUAUCUGGGUCUCUUGGGAAUGUACGAGUCCGCGACAGGAAUUCCUGUCAAAUGGAUGAUGGAGUGGGCCAUGGAAGAGCUCAAGAAGGAGCUCGACUUUCGCAUAGAAGCCGACCUCCAGGAACAGUGUCACAAGUUCCUCAACACCCACAGAGAGCUUCAGGGGCGCCUGACUGUCCCAGUUCUUCAUUCAGAGCUUUGUUCACGACGGUUGCUGGUCAUGGAGUACAUUGAUGGUUGCAAAAUCAUUAAUGCUCCGUCUUACUUCGAUGACUGGGAUUAUGCGCGAGAUGUUCCAGCUCUACACGAAGCGCUUGAGACAUGGCACGCCAUGCAGCUGUUUCUCACAGGAUGCUUCCAUGGUGAUCCUCAUCCGGGCAACGUCCUGGUAAGACGCCGCUCAGGCUCCGUGCCAAAGGGACAAAGCCCAUUCCAGGUGGUCGUCAUUGACCAUGGAGGGUACUACACGCUAGACGACGAGACCAGGAAGAAGUAUGCAGAGGUUUGGAGCAUGAUGGACGAGCCCAAGAACGAUGCACAGAAGAUAGCCAGGCGGGCUCGGCUCAAGGAUAUUAUGGCUGGCUGGGGAGUGGGCCACACCUCACGUUUUGUCAUUGAGCAGAUGUUCAAUGGCUCGUUUGGUGCUGCAGAUCCCACUGCCUCGAUUACGGAGAAUGGCGAAGCUCGUCGGCACCGCUGGAACUGGAUGCAUCAGAAAACUGAUGACUUGGGGCCGCCAAUUUUCGAAGACACGUCCAAGAUGCCACCUGCCCUCAUGAAGGCGUUCGGGGUUGGCAAUUUCACGCGGAACGCGUGGAGUGUUUUGUCCAAGGGGCGGAAGGAGCUGCGCGGCUGGGACUUCUGCAAGGUCCGUGUUGGCAUCAUGAUCCAAUGGGCUCGGAAGUGUCCGGGCGCGCGCAGGGCACCCUGA